CUUUGUUCUGAAGAUUCUGCAGAUAUUUUGCCAUAGUCUCAUGAAAGACGAGUUGUGAAGCUUGUUGUGCCCCUUGGGGAAGAACUGGCAGCCAUCCAAAAGACAUACAUCCAGAGUUUGGAAACAUUUGCAAGUUCUCUGAUUCUGAGCAAUGUUUUGAUGAGAAGAGAUAUCCCCAAUCUAACCAAGUACCAGAUAAUUCUGGCCAGAGAUCAAUUUAGGAAAAACCCAUCUCCAAAUAUUGUGGGACGUCAUCAAGGCAUAAUUGACGGCGAGUAUGCCAUUUGUAUUAGUUUAUAUCAUGGUUAUGAACUACUGCAGCAUAUGGGAAUGAGAUAUUUUUUCCUUUCUGGAAUUACGCAUGGAACAAAAGCUACAAACACCUCUGAAAAGAAAUAUGAUGACACAAGAGUUAUGAUUGUUUUCCUCAUUUUGAGACAGUCUUUAAACUUACAAUAUUUUUUUUUACAUUUGCAGAGUUUGGAAACAUUUGCAAGUUCUCUGAUUCUGAGCAAUGUUUUGAUGAGAAGAGAUAUCCCCAAUCUAACCAAGUACCAGAUAAUUCUGGCCAGAGAUCAAUUUAGGAAAAACCCAUCUCCAAAUAUUGUGGGACGUCAUCAAGGCAUAAUUGACGGCGAGUAUGCCAUUUGUAUUAGUUUAUAUCAUGGUUAUGAACUACUGCAGCAUAUGGGAAUGAGAUAUUUUUUCCUUUCUGGAAUUACGCAUGGAACAAAAGUGGAGGCCAAUGACAUGAGAUGAUGAGAAAGGACAGGAGCUGUAC